AUGUCUAAGGAGUUAAAACUGUCUGUCGACGGACAUUCUACCAGUGCAACCGAGUCCUACACCGAGAUCAAGUACACCGAGAACAAGUAUUUUGCUUGGGUGUAUCAGCUCGAUGAGUUUGGUAUUGAAACCCGAGGAAUCGAACGGCUCACUGCUGAAGAGAGGCGUUGCACCCAACAGACGUUGGUUUGGCAAUUUGUCAACGUAAUUGGCCUUUGGUUUGCAGCCUGUGGAGGACUUACCUCCAUGUCUUCGUUCUUUCUUGCAACCCUCGUGUUUGGAUUGAACUCGAAAAACGCCUUGGUCAGUGGUAUCAUUGGGAUGCUUAUUGGAUGUCUUGUUCCGGCCUAUUGCUCUACAAUGGGUCCGGAGUCUGGCUGUCGUCAAAUAGUGAGUGCUCGCUUAUUGUUUGGUCAGUGGGGAGUCAAGAUAGUGUCUUUCAUCUGCAUUGUGGGAGGCGUGGGCUGGUCUGUGGUUAAUUGCGUUCUUGGAGGAGAAGUUUUGGCUGGUUUGGGCCCCAAUGUUCCCAUUCUGGCUGGAAUUAUCAUCAUUUCGGUGCUUAGCAUGGUGAUAUCUAUAUUCGGUAUCAGGGUGUUGCUUCGCUUCCAGACUGUCACCGCCAUCCCCGUCACCAUUGCAUCCAUUUUGUUCUACAUUGUGGUUUGUAAAAAGAUAGGUUACCUCAAAGAAACAGAUGCCAUGAUUGCGGCUACCAAUAAUUCUGCAAUCACAUCCACGGGCAAUUGGCUUUCUUUCUUUACUAUCGGAUACUCGGUGACUGCGACCUGGGGAUCGGGUGCCUCGGACUACUACAUCUUAUUCCCACAGGAGACCCCUCCCAUCCAGGUAUUUUUGGUGACAUUCUUGGGGAUUUCAGUGCCCACUACGUUUGUGGCAGUGGUUGCAACUUUGUGUGGUUCAAUUGCGUAUGGUUAUCCCCCAUGGAAUGAGGCCUACCAGCAGUUUGGAGUGGGUGGAAUCAUCAAUGAAGCAUUCAAACCCUGGGGAAACUUUGGCAAGUUUGUGGUAUUUGUGCUUUACCUAUCACUCGUCUGCAACAACAUCAUGAAUACUUACUCGUGUGCGUUUGAAUUCCAACUCAUGGACCACCGUUUGGUGAGGGUUCCUAGAUGGUGCUGGGUGAUCUUGGUGACGGUGGUGUACUUCGUAUUGUCUAUGGUGGGAAAAGAACACUUCUCCACCAUCAUUUCGAACUUUUUGCCAAUGUUGGCGUAUUGGAUUUCGAUCUACAUCACGGUUUUACUUGAGGAGAAUCUCAUUUUCAGAACCUCCGAACGUAUGAGACGACUCCAUCACCAAGAGAACAUUCCGAGCGGUCUACACUACAACUGGUCUAAUUGGAACAAACCCCAACAUUUCACCAUGGGCUUGGCGACAGUUGCAGCAUUUUGCAUCGGAGCAGUCGGUCCAGUGCUCGGAAUGAAUCAGGUAUACUGGAGAGGCCCAAUUGCCGCAAAACUUGGGGAAAAUGGUGGGGACGUGGGCUUCUGGCUUUGCGCGGCAUUUACUGCCGUGGCAUACCCCCCUUUGAGGUACCUUGAACUCAAGAAGUUUGGGCGGUAG